AUGCCAUCGGUACCAAGCGCUCAAGAGCUCCAAGCGUCUUCGACCUACGAGCCCCCUUCACAUUCAGCCCAGAUUCCCUCCAAUCAUUCUAGCUCACGGACUACGUCUUCAACCCCCUAUCCUCGUAACUUGCCCGGCGUUCUUUCUAGACCACCCACCUCUGCGAGUCAAUUGUCAUCUACCUCGAAUAGCAAUAGUCGCUCUGCAACAUGUCUGUCCCGUUCCUCCCGGCACCACCGCCGUGCUAGCACUACUUCUGGCCGCAAAUCUCGCUCGGCCUCGUCUGUCUGGGGGUCCGAAUCCCACGAGAUUGUCUGCGCUGCUACUGAGUCUCGCGGCGUGUCCCCUACCGUCGGCCUAGCUUUUAUCAAUAUUACCACCAAUGAAGCAAUCCUAAGCCAAAUCUGUGACUCGCAAUUCUAUGUCAAGACAGUUCAUAAGAUCCAGAUGUAUGAGCCAUCCUGCAUUCUCAUGGUCAACACGGCAUUCCCACCGCAUCCAAAGUCAAGUCUCCUCUCCAUUGUCGAGGAAGAGGUCCCAGAGACGCGAAUAGAAGCACUAGAUCGGAAGUACUGGUCUGAGAAUGCUGGGCUCGAAUUCAUCCAGACACUGGCGUUUAGGGAAGACCUCGAGGCUAUCAAGGUGGCCAUUGGAGGCAACUUCUAUGCUACAAGCUCCUUCGCCGCAGCCGUCAAGUAUAUAGAGCUUGCCCGACGCAUAUCCAUCAUGUCUCAUUCGCUUCGUGUUAGGUAUCAGCCGUCAGAAAACACGAUGAUGAUCGAUCUUUCCACCAUCCAAUCGUUAGAACUCAUUCAGAAUUUGCAUGAUGCAAAACGGAGAGAUUGUCUUUUCGGUCUUCUCAACGAAACCCUGACCCCUAUGGGUUCGAGGAUGCUACGGAGCAACAUUUUGCAGCCUUCAUGCCAGGUUGAAGGUACCCUUAUCCCGCGCUACGAUGCACUAGAUGAGAUAACUGUAAAGGAGGAUAUGUUCUUCGAGAUACGUAAAGCGCUAAAAGGAUUCACGGAUGUCGAAAAGCUUCUUACUAUUCUCGUAAUCGUACCAAACCAGCCAUCAAUAUAUGCUUCGGAACAGGCUAUCAAUAACCUCCUAGGUAUCAAGGCCUUCGUUAUUGCUGUCUCUUCCGUUUACGGGGCAUUGAGUACCGCACGCGCAGACUUACUCUGUAGGAUUCGCGAAAUAUGCCGUCCGGAGCUUACUCAACCAGUCAUAGAUCUCAUUAUGGCUGGGAUCAACGAGGAUGUCACAGCCAUGAAAUCACCCCUUGAUAUGAGGCAUCAGAGAACUUAUGCAGUCAAGUCUGGGGUCCAUGGCCUUCUUGAUGUCGCCCGUCAGACAUACAAAGAGGCAACGGAUGAUGUUCACCAACACGUCGAAGAUAUCAGUAGGAAUCACAAACUCACCGCGGAUCUCCGGUUUGAUCGUAACCGGCAGUACUGGCUACGGCUUAGGCAGAGUGACUUUGAGGACAGAUCAGUUCCCGAUAUUCUCAUCAACAAAGUCCACAAAGGCGUUUGGCUGGAAUGCCAGACGUUGGUCCUGGUUCAACUGAACCACCGCAUUACCGACUCACAUAACGAGGCUAUCAUGCUUAGCGACAAGGUUAUCCAGGAGCUUUUUGAUGCCAUCCGAAUGUACGUUCCGAAUCUCUUUCGCGUUUGUGAGAGCAUCGCUCUGCUUGAUAUGAUAGCUGCUUUCGGUCAGGCUGCUACUACGAGAGAUUACGUACGUCCUGAGAUUGGUCAAGUGCUGGCCCUCAGGGGUGCGAGGCACCCUAUUUGCGAGCGGGUCAACCCGGAGAGAUUUAUCCCUAACGAUGUCUUCGCCAAUGAACAACAUCGGUUUCAGAUUAUCACGGGUUGUAAUAUGAGCGGCAAAAGCACAUAUAUCAGGAUGAUCGCCCUCCUGCAAGUAAUGGCCCAGAUUGGCUGUUUCGUACCGGCCCAGUACGCAACUUUCCCCGUGCUUCGACAGCUCUUCGUACGAAUGUCGACGGAUGAUAGCAUUGAAGCUAAUAUGUCCACAUUCUCCUUGGAAAUGAGAGAAAUGGCAUUUAUACUCAGGAACAUUGAUGGGCAUAGUCUGGCUAUCAUUGACGAACUUGGGCGUGGGACAAGCACCAGGGAUGGGCUAGCUAUUGCUUUGGCGAUAUCGGAAGCCUUAGUCCAGAGCAAUGCCCUGAUAUGGUUUGCCACCCAUUUCCAGCAACUGGCAAAGGUCUUGGGUAACCGACCAGGGGUCUUGAACUUGCAUCUCGCUACUGAGACCCAUGACUUACAUGGCAGCAAUCCCAAGAUGACAAUGCUAUACAAAAUCACAUCGGGCCACAUACAGGAAGAGUAUUAUGGUCUAAACCUUGCACGCGCCAUCGGCUUUCCGGAACGAUUCAUUAAGGUUGCGGGAGACGUUUCGAAGACUCUUGCAGAGAAUAUCGAGAAGAAGAAGCAAAACUCUCAGUCGAGAAAAUUACUCCGGCGUCGGAAACUCAUCCUCAACCUACACGAUACACUUCUCCAGCUACGAGAAUCAGACAUGGACGACGAUACGCUGGGUAGCUAUCUGAAGAGGCUCCAGGAUGAGUUCGUUUCAAGGAUGGAUGAAAUUGAUUGUGUCACACAAGCAGGCGCAAGCCGAGGAAGUGAAGAUGGGAACUGA